AUGACAAAAGCUCACAAGCCAUUCCAGAACUUGAACAAACAGGAACUUGUUCAAGAUCUCGAGGAAUCUAUGAUGGGGAAAAAGAAUGAACUUCAGAAGCUAUUGACAGAAGAACAGGUACCAGGCCUUCUUUUCACAAUCCCAACAUCUAGUCUCCAACACAUUAACUGUGAAAAUUAUGAAGUAUUUAGCUUUGAACCACUUCAUGACAUUGGAAAAUACAUUGAAAAUGUUCUUACUGAAUUUCCAUCUUACUGUACAUGCCUGAAAAAGAAGCUACUGCUGUGAAGAAGGUCAUCCGUUACUCAACUGGUGGAAUGGAAACUAAACAGACAUUUGAUUACCAAUGUGUACUUAUUAUCCUUGCAAAAAGCAAUCUUCAAAGAUUAUUUCUUCAUUACUAGUUCAUAACUUUUGACACAUUAGUGGAAAUUCAGAGAAUUGCCUACAGUGCUAAAGCUGAAAAAAACCCAAAGUCUGUUCUUCGUCUACACGACAGGACAUGGUACCAUGGCAUCAUCUUAUCACCCAAGCCAUGUCAAUGGAAACAUCUUCAUCACACUGCAAGCUGA